AUGUCCUUCGGCCACCAGAGGGUGUUGCAGCUGACGCUCGACCUUCUGUCCAUGUGCCUGGAUUCGGUUGUGGUGAUGUCGUUUGCCUGGAACGGCGCGAAGACUCAUCUUUUUCAUCUUGAUAAGUCAGCUCCUGAUAAAUACAUGGAGCUGCUUGUAUUCACAAGGAAUGCCCUCAUUGAUGUCGGGAAGAUUGGCAUCACAUUCUCCACGGAGAAGAUGUCGGAGCUAGCGGAACUCCCAGUGCAAAAGAUUGCAUCCGCGAUCCAGAAGUGGUUGAAGCAGCUCGAUCCAGCAGAUUGGGUUAUCGCGGUGGGAAGUGGUCUACCAGCCUCUACUGCUACCCAUGACGAAGUGUACCUCGUGACGGUGGCACAAGUGGCAGCUCGACUUCACGGCGACAGCUGGUGGGCUGGAGAGAUGCCGCCUACACUUUUUGCGAUGUUUCCGGCCGCGGACCCGCGAACAGUUCCCAGGGAUUUGAUGGCUGCGGCAGGGGUGGUCAGUUUCAAAGACUUGCUCAAGCUGCGCGGCCAGGCUCAGUGGUUGCAGACGGUGAUCGCAAAGGGUUCCGACCUAUCCAGCCAUGGCGACAACGGCGCCGAGCUGUACUUCCGCGUUGCGAAGACCAGCGCGCCCGAGGCGUGGGCGAAACUGUCAGUGCCAGUCGACCCGCUGCCGUCGGCUGGCGGCGGCCUCGACCCUGACUUCGAGAAGUUUCUCGCCGACGUAAUCGCGCAGGACUGUCCGCGGGACAUGAUGGCGGACGAGCAUGGGGAGCUGAAAAGGGAACUGCGUGCUGCCGCGCGCUGGACGCGCGCGGCCCUUGUCUUCGGUGGCGGGGUCGAUGUGGUCAUCGCCAACGCCCCAGCCAAACAUAUGAUUGUCUCGUUCGAGCUCCGCAGAGACCUCGGGGUCAAGGGUGGCCUAGGCUUGCAGUUCGAGCUCGAGCUAAACGUGCUGCGGCCGACGCGACAACGCCUUCGAAUGCCGCUACCUUACCCCGCAGCUGCGGCGCCCAAGAUCUCGGAGGACGACGAGUUCGAGCUGCACUUGGGUGCCGCGCGCUUGGCGACGUCGGUGGUCGGCUCUUUGAAUUUCGUUUUCUUCCGCGAGCUCGAAGCGGGGAUCAACUCCCGGACCGACAACGUUGCCAGCGUCUUUGGGCGGUGGUGCGCCCCCAGGUGCGGCGACAAUUGCGGCUUCCUGCUGAAGCCGCACCUGGGCACUUGCAGAGCGCAUUUGCAUUGCGGCACUGGCUCAAACAUCUGUCUGUCUUGCGGGCGGCUGCUCUGGGUGGAUGGCGAUUUGCUGACCUGCGACUUCUACCGGGGCAUCGCAUCGUGUUUGCCUGAGUGGGGCAUGGAGGCUGACCAUGCUGCCGACAUUGGCCCAGGCCAGCUCUGGGAGGCGGAGGCUGACCAGGCGCGGCCCAUCACCGACCUCUCCCCGCUGUGCGCAGCGAGUGUGGGUGCCGGGUUUCUUGACGUGACAAAGCGGCGCGAAGGCACAUCGGCGCACGAGAGAAAGACCGAGUUCUCCGCGAUGGCAAUGGCCAGCGGACGCGAGCUGAUGACGAACCUGGCGGAGAUUUUACCGGACAAUCGGUUGAUCCAGUGCAGGUCCUCGCGCGGCGCGCGCCGGCUGGGGCCGCUGGCCAAGCAGAUCUGCAUGAUGUCACGCCAGUGGAUGCGCGCAGUGCGCAGAUUUGUUAUCGAGGGCGACGAGCAGCUCUCCGAAAGGCAGGACGUGCGAGGCCAGGGCGGGGUGGGCGCGGUCCGCAUCUCGUUCGCGUGUCAGGGCUGGGUUGCGGGGCGGCAGGUCUACUUAACGGACGUUGCGUACUGCGCGGGGCUCGCGUCGGCCAUUCAGCGAGGCGAGGGCGCCAAGCCCGACGCCCGCCAGAGCCGCUGGCAAGCCAUCGAGGGAGGCGCCAGGGACAAAGGUUCCUGUUUGCGCGAGCUGCAGCGCUCAAGGCCAUGGGGCAAGCUGCGCGGGGCGCCAGGUGCGAACGGUCUCAUGCGCACCUGCAGGCCGAGAAUCGCCAUGCUGAUGAUGACGCUGAGGCCUUUCGCGACGACAUCGGCGAAGAGGGUCCUUGCGCGCGCGAUGGACUUGGCGAUGGCUGUAGUGCAGCGCCUGUCUGUGAUCAUGCGAGAUCAUCUGAAAGCAGAUGAGUGGGGCUGCCGACAGCAUGAGUUGGCAUGCCACUUCUCCAAGCAGGAACGGAGUCACGGCGGCGCGGAGAUCUCCCCGCAGAGCGCGACGUGGAUGGGGCUCUCUAUCGACGUCACUUUAGCUACUGGACUUCUACCCUGCCUGCCGAGCGAGGGCCCUGACGGCGUCGCCCUCGAGCGCGCGGCCAGGUCAGCUGGGCUGGACCUCUUCCUCUGCAUGCUCGUCUCCCCGUUUGUUUCAGAAGUGGCCCCCACCGUUGAGCCCGCUGCCGCAGUGAACCUGGAAUACCUGUCCACCGCGCUCAGGGUCCGCCGUGAAGACGGCCGCGAGCCCUUCUUCUCCCUGGACCCGGUGGUCGGCGCCGACACCGCGGCGAUGCAGUCGAAGCGCUUCGAGCCCGCGUGGUUGAUCGACACGUGCCUCGGGGAGGUCAUGUUCCAGGCGGACUACCGCCUGAAGGAGCUCUCCAUGGGUGAGCAUAUGCAGCCCGUCGUGGGAAUGAAGAGCUGUUCCGACUUCUUCGACGGCCGGGAGAAGCACACUGACUGGAACGCGCGCGAGUGGUUCGUGGUCAGGAAGGCCAGCGUUCUGGUGUCAGGGGACAACGCGCUCAUCCCGUACAUCAGCAUGGGCGUGGAGGCGCGGGAGCAGGUGAUGUCUGACAGCGGCAUGGUGGACGCGCAGGUCACUCGGCCCGACCACCCCCUGGCUCGAUACGCGGAGGUCUUCACCCAGAAGUUCGACCUGAUCGCGGAGCGCCUGAGCGUGGUGAACCAGCUCCGCGAGGUUGCCAAGGCAUCAGUCCUGGCGAAGUACCUCCUCGAUUCUGGGGCGCACUUGGACGAGUCCUGGUUCAACUUGGCGAGCGCAUUCGAGGGGUCCAGGGUGACACAGGUACCCCAGCUCUGGAACGAGCGCUAUCACGCCAAAGUCCAGGUCAAGGACGGCACUAUUGAUGAGGAGGCUCUCAGACCGCACAUGCUUGGGGUGUACGGUGGUGUGCAGUUCGGGCUGGAGAAGUUCACCGUGGGCGCGCGGGCAGCCUCUGCCUCGGUCCAGUUCGCUCGUGUGGGGGCCCGCGGGCCCAUGCCGCGCGUAUCGGCGGCGCUCUCCAUGGCGACCAGCGUGACUGGGGGGCUCCGGACCCCCGCCAUGCGAGCCGCGGUGUCCAUGCGAGCAGGGGGGGUGCCGCGCGGGGUGCAGUUCGGGCUGGAGAAGUUCACCGUGGGCGCGCGGGCAGCCUCUGCCUCGGUCCAGUUCGCUCGUGUGGGGGCCCGCGGGCCCAUGCCGCGCGUAUCGGCGGCGCUCUCCAUGGCGACCAGCGUGACUGGGGGGCUCCGGACCCCCGCCAUGCGAGCCGCGGUGUCCAUGCGAGCAGGGGGGGUGCCGCGCGGGGUGCAGUUCGGGCUGGAGAAGUUCACCGUGGGCGCGCGGGCAGCCUCUGCCUCGGUCCAGUUCGCUCGUGUGGGGGCCCGCGGGCCCAUGCCGCGCGUAUCGGCGGCGCUCUCCAUGGCGACCAGCGUGACUGGGGGGCUCCGGACCCCCGCCAUGCGAGCCGCGGUGUCCAUGCGAGCAGGGGGGGUACCGCGCGGGGUGGACCUCAACCUUGACGGCUUUGAGUUCUCCGAGACCGAACGUGUCUCGGACAUUGUGUUGUCGGACGCGGGGUCGGCCACCCCCAUGGGCUCCAGCUUCUGGCAGAUGAUCGACGACCACGAUCCAGAGGAAAGCUUGUUCGCCGAUAAGGACGUGGAGCUCCUCCGCGCCGUGUUCCACCCGCGCCUCUCCGACAGACGCGCGGAGGGCGACCUCUUCGUGCCCCCGCCCACCUGCGGCGCGCACGCGGCGAGGCUGCGCGCGCUCGUCCGGGAGGAGGCCGCGGUGCAGGAUCAGCGCAGGCGCCACUUCUUCAGCGCCAAGUUCGACGAGCGCAGCGUGGGCGCGCUGUUCCCCUUCUCGUGGCAGGACCCCUUCCGGGCGCAGGCGGCGCCACCGCGCCUGCGGCUCCGGGCGGAUCUCCUGGAGCAGGCCGGCGAGCUCGCGGGGGCCCUCGGGGCCGCCGUGGCCACCUUCGACAAGCUUACCGAGGAGGGCUCGCGCUUCCGCGCCUACCGCGCCGGCGACCUGGAGCUUCGCACCUGCCAGGAGGCGGGCGGCCCGGAGACGGUGGGCGCCGUCCUGGCCCCGAGCGCAUGAUGCCCCCAGGGGGUCGGCGCAGUAACGGCACCCCCUGGGAGCGAGGAGGAGGAGGAGGAGGAGGAGGAAUAACUGCGACCCUCUGAGCCUGGAUGCCGCCGUGGUCGCACGGAACCGCGAAUAAGAGAGAAGGGCAAGAGCGAGCCAUGCCCUAUGCAGGCACGCACAGUGCGUGCCACUCGCGACGGCUGGCUGCCGUCGGCGGAGAAG